CCCGCUCGCCUGCGCAGAACACGUCCCUCGCGCCGCCCUUCGAACUUAGUUCUCGCGACUCGUGCAGGCCCCGGGCUCGGCCGCGUUCGCGGCUUUUGCCUUGGCUGCCUCCCCGCUCCGGCUGCAGAUGCAUUGAUGGUGCAGGUGGCCGCCUGAAGGUAAAAAGAGUUCCAACAAAUUAAACAUGGCUUCUGCAAACAAAAGAAUAAAAAUAGACACAGAGUGUCAUGUUUUUAAUGAAAAAUGGACAAAUGAAUACUUUAUUGUGGCGGUGAAAUGCAAGCCCAUUUGCCUGAUUUGUAGAGAAGUUAUUUCUGUCUUGAAAAAAUCAAACCUCGAAAGACACUACAACACAAAGCAUAUUGAAUAUGAAGAAUAUCAGGGACAGCUGCGUGAGGACAAAAUUAAGGAACUUCAAAAGAAUUUGAAUACGCAGCAAACAAUUUUCACAAAAAGACAAAAGGAGAUGGACAGUGUUAUGCAAGCAAGUUAUGUGGUGAAUGAACUUAUUAAAAAAAGAAAUCGGCCUCAUUCAGAUGGAGAAUUUAUAAAGGAGUGCAUCGUUGCAACCGCAGCUUUACUGGCACCAGAGAAACUUAGGUUAUUUGAGAGUAUGAACUUGUCUCGCAGGACAGUGUCAGAUGGAAUUAAGGAUGAGACUCAUGAUAUUGAAAUAUCUCAGGAAGAUUCUGCAGCUGAUUUUGAGUUCUACUCUCUGGCUGUUGAUGAGGUAACAGACAUAACUGGUACAGCCCAACUGGCUAUUUUCCUGCGUGGAAUCACAUCAGUUUUUAAGAUUCAAGAAGACUUGCUUUCUUUAGUACCAAUGCAUGACAGCAUCAGAGGUGAAGACGUUUUUGAGAAGGUUAUAUCGGCAGUGCAUGGCUAUCAGUUAUCAUUUGAAAAAUUGAGCGGUCUUACUACUAAUGGAGCUCCAGCUAUGGUUGAAUCUCAGAAAGGAUUAGUUGCUUUAGUCAAGAAAGAAAUGGAUCGCCUUGGUCUUGAUCCAAGUAAGUUGAUUGUGUGUCAUUGCAACAUUCAUCAAGAGAAUCUGUGUGCACAGUCCAUGCGACUGAAUAAGGUAAUGUCAAUAGCAGUACUAAGCAUUAAUUUUAUCAAAAGUAAAGGAUUUAACAGCUGCCAGUUUAAAGAGCUAUUGAAAGACCAUGAAGCAGCAUAUGGCGAUGUAGUUAGUUAUUCUGGAGUGCGAUGGCUGACCCGAGGGAAUACGCUGAAGCAGUUUUAUGAAUUGAGGAAUGAAGUGAAACUUUUCAUGGAGAUGAAUGGAAAAUCUGUGGCUGAGCUGAGCAACCCCAAGUGGCUCUGUGACCUUGCAUUCAUGGUUGACAUUACUCAGUACUUCUCAGCACUCAAUGUCAAAUUGCAAGGGCCUAACCAGCUUCUUAUUUCCCUUCUUUCACACGUCAAAUCAUUUGAAACUAAAUUAAAACUGUGGCAAACGCAACUGGAAAAGGGGAACAUGACGCAUUUCCCAACCCUUCAAGCUCAAAAACCUGCAUCAACAGUAGAAUACGCCAGGGAGUGUGCACAUUUACUUCAGAAAUUUUGUGACCAAUUUCAAGACCUAAUAUCGAAGGAACUGGAAUUAAAUAUUUUUUUCAUGCCAUUGAGUGUAGAAGUAUGUAAUGUACAUGAAGUGUUUCAACAUGAACUUACAGAAAUGCAGAACAAUCAUGAACUUAGGGAUAAACACAGCAGCUUGCCUGUGCUGCAGUUCUACAGACUCUAUGUAGGUGCCAAUAAAUUUCCAAACGUAAGGAGACAUGCACUGAAAAUUGCAUCAAUGUUUGGCACUACAUACUGCUUUAAACAGGCCUGUUCUAGGCUUGUCAAGAACUAUGUGCAUGCGAGAUGAACAGAUGUGACUCUGGAAAGUCAGUUGUGAACCUCUUCAGUUCCAGAAGACAUGACAAGACUCUCCAAGGAAAAGCAACCUCAGUCAUUAAACUAAAUAAAAAGGAUA